UCCCUUUCCCUGCCUCAUAGUCUUCGAUGUAUUUAUUAUCUUUACCAUCAUCAUGUGCAAAACAGGUGGUCAUGAGGGAUGCUCAUAAGGGGUUCCUCUGCUGAAGGUCAUGAUUUCUCAUACUGUCAACUAAAGUCUAAUUUGUAAAAUUAACUUCUUUCUAGAAAUUCUUCUUUAAACUACCUGGACUAAUCCUCCCUCUUUUCCAUCAAAAUUGUGAUCUGACAUUGCUGCGAGUGGGUAAAUAAUUCUCUCUCUAACCCUGCAUCAUCACAUUAUAAUGAGGAGCACUCGAUAGCAUCUGGAAACACCUGCAUACCAUGUUCAAAGAAUGGCCUAAAAGUGCAAAGCCUUGCUAGUAAUUCAGAUGCUGGACAAGUAUUAGAGCGUAUUUUGUUUGUUUUGAAAAAACAUUCUUUCUCUACUGGGAUGCCCUGCAUUUGUGGUGCUUGAAUGUUCAGGGGGUUUUACUGGCUCUGUAUGGUCAAUGUUGUUAUUGUCUGGAGCUCAGCUGUCCUGUGACACAGCACCAGAGCCAUGCCUCCAGGUGAGGAGACAGUGUCCUCUGGGCUGUGGAGAGUUACCACAGGAAGAAUCUAACCCAAGCAGAAAAUUCCUGAUAUUUGCGUUAUUACAGAGCAGCCAGGUUGGAAGCUGAGGCCCUAAUUGCCCUGUGUAAUGAGAGAGGCCCUGAAAGAAAGGUGUGUGAUUGGAGCAGCACUUCAAGCUGGGAGCAAAAAAUCACAGUGGAGCAGUGCACAGCUCAGAGCUGCCCACUGUGACACCUGCUCCAAGGCCAGCAUGAGCCCAUGGAAUCUCAGGCCAAAAGCCAAGACUUGGUUCCACUCCCAGAAAAGUCAACGAAACCCAUUUAAAGUGAAAUGAUUUCAUGCUGUACUGCAGGCUGAGUGACUUGGCAGCAUUACUGUAAUAGCAUGGUACAUCCCAGGUACAAGUUAAUGAAGCACAGAGUUACAGCACUUCUGUGUAGCUGGUUAGUGGAGCCUGGGACUAAAACAUACUGAAACUGUCAUCUGUGGGCAGGAUUUCACCUGGCCUUCAGAGUCUGACUGCUCUGGGAACUACCCCAACAUUUUCCUACUUAAUAAAUCCCUUCCCAUGGUGCCAUUCUCAACAUCAUCUAAUGGCCAUCCCAUACUGAUAGAAGAGGAGCUAAAAUUUAUCAAGGAAUUCAGGACCUGAGAUGUCACCAGGGUGUUUUAUAUGACAAGCAGAGCAACUACAGAAACAAUCUCCAGAGAUGUCCUGCAAAUAUUUUUCCUUCUUCGGUCUGUGUCUUUUCCUUCCAACCCAAAGGAGGUGCUCCCUGGGUCACGUAUCCAGCUUGCACAGCAGCGACACAACAUCCCUUCCUGGAUUUGAGAACCUCACCAUGGGAUACAACAAAUACCUCCGGCCCUACUUUGGUGGAGAACCUGUUCAAAUUGCAAUGAGUCUGGACAUUGCAAGUAUUUCCAGUAUAUCCGAGAGCAACAUGGAUUACACAGCUACCAUAUCCCUGCGGCAGCGCUGGACAGACCCCCGGCUGGUCUUCCACGGCAACAGGAGCUUCACGCUGGAUGCUCGCCUGGCGGAGCUGCUCUGGGUGCCAGACACCUACAUCGUGGAGUCCAAAAGGUCCUUCCUGCACGACGUCACCGUGGGCAACCGUCUCAUCAGGCUGUUCUCUAAUGGCACCAUCUUGUAUGCCUUGAGAAUCACUACUACUGUUGCCUGUAACAUGGACCUGUCAAAAUAUCCUAUGGACACACAAACAUGCAGACUGCAGCUGGAAAGCUGGGGCUAUGAUGAAAACGAUGUCACCUUCACAUGGCUGAGAGGAAACGACUCUGUCCAUGGCAUGGAGCAGCUGCGGCUCUCCCAGUACACGGUGGAGCGUUACUACACCCUGGUCUCCAAGUCACAGCAGGAGACAGGCAGUUACCCACGUCUGAUAUUACAGUUUGAGCUAAGAAGAAAUGUACUUUACUUCAUUUUGGAGACCUAUGUGCCCUCCACUCUGCUCGUCAUGCUGUCCUGGGUUUCUUUUUGGAUCACAUUGGACUCAGUGCCUGCAAGAACCUGCAUUGGAGUUACAACAGUGCUUUCCAUGACAACUCUGAUGAUCGGCUCACGAAGUUCACUUUCAAAAACCAACUGUUUCAUUAAGGCCAUUGAUGUUUAUCUUGGCAUCUGCUUCAGCUUCAUCUUUGGUGCCCUUGUGGAAUAUGCAGUGGCUCACUACAGCUCUUCACAAAAGUGUGCAGCUAAAGUACCUCAAGAGGGGCCAGCAAAUAAGAUCACUAAAGAAAUGGAAGAUGUCAACAUCACUAAUAUCCUCAACAAUUCCAUCACCAGCUAUAAACAGAAAAUCAGCUUCACAAGCAUUGAAAUUUCCAGUGAUAAUGUUAACUGCAGUGAUUUGACUACGAAAAGCCAUGAGAAAAUCAAAUGUGUCUUGAGAAACAAAAUGCACAGGAUUAUUGGUUAUUUCACAAUUCAGAACCCCGGCAAUGUGGACCACUACUCCAAAUUGCUUUUCCCUUUGUUUUUCAUGCUGGUCAAUGUGUUUUAUUGGGCUUAUUAUCUAUAUUUUUAGUAGAAGUUAGUUGCUUCAUCCUCCUACUUCAGCAGGAAAGGAAUUGAGCCAAUGGGUAUCCAGGUAUCUAACAUCGGUGAAUUCAAUGUGGACAAAAUGCUUGCGUCCUCAGGUGCCCAGCAGAAGAGUGUGUGAGGUGUGCAAGAUGCAACACUGACUCUGGACAGCAGCCUGUUCAGCUGAGUGGCUGUGCUGGGCCCUGUCACUUGUACCUGUGUUUCCUUCCAGCAUCUCACCUGCUGGAGAUGGGUGUGCAGGACUGCACGGAGCAGAGCACUACAGGUGGCAAAAUUGUUUUGGUAGCCUGGAGCAGGUUAGAACCUUCAAGUUUAGAUCUCCAAGAGAGUGUAUAGGAUUAUACAAACAAAAACAAAGCUGUUAUUCUUUGUUUGCCAGAGAUAACAGAGGGACUGUGAUUGCUUCCUCAGUAGCUGCUCUGUUGCAGUGGGAGAAGCCGAGCACAGCAGCACACUGUGUGCUCAGGAGCGUUCCUGUGCGUGGUGCUUCCUGGGGGCAGGCAGUGCCAGGCCGGGGAUUUUGGUCCUGCUGGCUGUGCUGUGCCUCAGUGCUUUUAACGCCUGUCACUCAUUGAGGUAAUCCUCACUUGCUGAAGUUCUCCCUCCCUCAGACAGACGGAGGGCUUGCUGUUUGUAGUGAGCAAAAUUUUUUCAGAGAUUUGGGAACACAAAAUAGAGGCAGCAAAAUUGUUU